AUGGCAACAGCUCGUUCAGUGGCAAUAGUUGGUGGCGGAAUCGGUAGUUUGACCGUUGCUAAUGCUUUAAAACAAAUAGGAAUGUCCGUUUCAUUAUAUGAACGUGCAUCUUAUUUUAUUCCAACAGUUGGAGCAGCAUUUGGUCUUACACCUAAUGGACAGAUAUCGCUUGCUCAUAUUGGUUUCAAAGAUCAAAUCGAAAAAAUCCUCCAUCCUUUUCUAAAAUGGCAAAUUCUUAAUGACAAUUGUGAAAUAGUAGCUGCAUCUGAUAGAAUAGGUGACUAUGGUAAACGAUUUGGUUAUUUUAUGGGUGGUACUCUUCGUUCGGAACUUGUUGAUGUUUUAAAAGAACCUUUAGAAAAGAAUGGUAUUUUACAUUAUUCUCAUAAUGUGACUAAUAUUAAACAAGAUAAUGAUGGUGUUACAAUUUCAUUUGACAAUGAAAAAGAACAAAAACCAGUUCAAGUUGAUAUGGUUAUUGGUGCAGAUGGAAUACAUUCAACAGUUGUUAAACAAAUCUUUACUCCAACAGCUCAAUCAAUAUAUUCAAAAGUAAAUCUUUUCUAUGGUAUGAUAGAUAAUAUCGAUCAACAAACAUCUCUUAAUCCAAUGAUAACAACAAAAAAUACAUUCAUACAAUAUUUCGGUCAUAGACACUGUCUUAGUUACCGAACUGGUAAUAAAGGACAAUAUAUGUGGGCUAUUACUUAUCCAUCAGUUACACCUCCAACAACAAGUCAGAGCUGGGCAAUACGAGUACCAGUACGAGUACCGACCCCUCGAGUACGAGUACGAGUACGAGUACCAGUACGAGUACCAGUACGAGUACCGACCUCUCGAGUACGAGUACCAACAAAAUCGUACUCGAGUACGAGUACUUCGAGUGUUUUGCCCAGCUCUGCAACAAGUGAUGAUGCUGAAUGGACAAAAAUGAAAAAUCAACAAGAAUUAAGUGAAUGUUUAACAAAAUUUCCUCAAUCACAUCCUAUUCAUCAAUGUGUAGCAGCAACAGAUAAACAACGUAUACUUCAUUUUGGAUUAUAUUAUCGUCAACAUCGUAAUGAUGGUUGGCAUCGUAAUCGAAUUUGUUUAUUAGGAGAUCCAUGUCAUGCAACAUUACCUCAUAUUGGACAAGGAGUAAAUAUGGCAAUUGAAGAUGCUAUAUCACUUGCAAUGUGUUUAGAAAAAUAUAAUUUUCAAAUGGAACCAGCAUUUCAAGAAUAUUAUAAAAAAUGUUUUAAUCGAACAAAACGUGUUGUAGAUAUGGCACGCUAUAAGGGUUCAUUUUAUCGUUCAGAAAAUCCGAUUAUUUCCUCAAUAAGACGGCAUGUGUAUCCACGAAUAUUUCUCUCACGAACGAUGCUGAAAAGGCUUGAAAAAGAAAUAUUUGAAAAUUGCCCUGUUCCUGUACAACAAAAGAAUAUCGUGAAAUAG